AUGGAAAGAAUAGAAUAUUUGGAGAAUAAUAAACAAAUUAAAUUACUUCCAGAAUUAAUUAUUGAAUUAUUUAAAAAUGAAGAUUUUGAUGAAUUAAUUUAUAAUUAUUUGGAUAAAAAAGGAAUUAAUGAAUUGGGUUCAACAACUUCAGUACACAAUAAAUUCCUUGAAUUAUCAACACAAAAAUAUAAACAACAAAAACUAAAAAAUAAUUUUGAGUUGAGGAAUAAAAUUUGGAAUUUUUUACUUUUUUCAUCUUUUUAUGAUAAAACAAAAGCUUUGAAAUUAUUUAAAGAAGGAAAAGACAAAGAUGAAUUUUUUGUGGAAAAAUUGUUUAUAAGGGCAAAUGAAAAUAAUUCUAUCGAGUGUCUAAAUGAAUUGGCUAAUAUUUUUGAAUUAAAUGAGAAUAUGGGUGAAAUAUUAGUUGAUGCUGCUGAACUUCUUUGUACGCGUUUUCCAAGUCCGGAAAUGCUUAAACCUUUGUUGACUUUACAUUUACUUAUUUCCAAGUAUUUUUUAAAAGAAAUUAAAAAAAAUUAUUUUUGGUUGAAACCCCGGUCCGAGUUCCGAUUUUUAAGCCAGUUCCGAUUUUCGGUUCUUCUGAUUUCCGACACCUCUGAUUGUUUCUACCCGCCUUUGAUCAAAAUCCAGAUACAUAAAAUGGAUUUUUCUAAUUCUCUCUAA